UUUUGGGUGGGGUCCUCACCAUCGUCCACGUGCCGAAAGUCUUCUCUCUCUGUUGUGCUUUCUUCUCCGGCGACGGCAAUGGUGGUCGCUGUAGCAGAACCGUGCUCGGUUCUCCAUUUCUUGGUUCAGUGUGGCCGUGGGUUUUUCUCGUGGAAAAUCCAUUUGCAUCAAAGUUGUUUCGGCCUUGAAGAUUCAUAUGUUAAACGAGGAAAGAACAGGGCAGGGUAGAACGGGGUGGGGGCAGUGGCAGAUAGUGAAUAAUCCCUUGUUUCUCACCACUUGCCAUUCCUAGUUUGAAAUCCCAGUUGUUUUGUGCAUGAUUCAAGCUCAAUGAAGCAAUAUGCUGAUUCAAUCCAAAUGAUACCAGAGUCCAGCAAUAGCUUAGUUGAAUCUUGUGUUCUGCUCCCUUAACAUGACCCCUCCCUCAUCUCCCCAAAUGCAAUUACCAACAGUUUCAUGGCUUGGCGCUAUUUCUUCCUGGACAGUAUUUCUAGUCUCAAAAUGAAACCCUCCAAAACCCUGACCUUACCAAUCUCUGCAUCUCAUUCUCUUCCUUGGAACCCUAAUCUUGAUCUGGUUAAACUCUAUCUUCCCCGCUUUAUUUCUCCAUUUUCCACCUCCUUCCUUCCCACUAAAUCCCCUAAAAAGUUUAAGAAGAAAGGCAAGAAGAAAGAGAGCCCUCGAACCAAACUCAUCCAAACCGAGGCCAAUCGUAUUUCUUACUUGGAACACAUUGUCAAACGCGAUAUUGAGUUCAAGUUUCUCAUCAAGUCUAAACAAUUCCUAUCCAAGCAACCUGAACACGUGCUACGCCUUGAUGAUGCUGGCAAGCUAUACCAUGAAUUGGGAUUUCCCCGUGGUCGGAAGGUUUCCUGCUCAAUUGGGCGCCAUCCUCUGAUUUUUGAGACUUAUAGGCACACUGAUGGGAAAAUGUGGUUUGGCUCGGCGGAGUUUAUGGAAGAGUUGCUUUCUGAAGAGCAAUCAAUCAUGGAUGCCAUGGAGAUGGAUCGUGUAGAUAAAGGCAUUUUGUCAUUGGCCGUGUAAAAAAUGGCUUGAUUUGAGAGACGAAAGGUCAGCCUCUUGAUACAGGGAUACUUGUGGUGGACGUCAAAUGAAAAUAUUUGCCAUGUAACCUCGCAAGCUAAGAUGUUUCUACAAUUAAGGUAACACGAGAUCUCAUCAAAAUCACGUCGUGAGCUACUAGGCUUAUCAUUGUGAUAUAGCCUUGGGAUGAUAUAGUCAUGGCCCUUACUAAUUUAUUUGAACAAAUACUUGAUAGCUCUUGACUGGUUUGUCUUUUCGACAUUUAAGCGACCUUGGAAGAGCCACAGCAAUUGAGCAUUGUACAGCACGACAUAUUUGUUGUUCAACAAAAUUCCUUUCUUUGUUGUUGUUCUACUA